AAACUCAGAGAGCUUUGCAUGCUUGCUCAGCUGCUUCUUGCUCUUCCUUUUCUUCUUCUUCUUCUUCUUCUUCUUCUUCUUCUUCUCUCUGUUUUCGUUUUUUCCGAUUACCAUGGCCGUCUCCGUUGAUCCUUUGGUCGUCGGCCGCGUGAUCGGCGAUGUGGUCGACAUGUUUGUCCCGACUGUGAACAUGUCUGUUUACUUUGGUUCAAAGCAUGUCACCAAUGGCUGUGACAUCAAACCCUCCAUCGCCGUCAGCCCUCCCAAGGUGACCUUCUCCGGUCACCCCGGCGAGCUUUACACCCUGGUCAUGACUGAUCCCGAUGCCCCGAGCCCAAGCGAGCCUAGCAUGCGAGAAUGGGUUCACUGGAUCCUGGCUGAUAUCCCUGGAGGAACAAAUCCUAUUAGAGGAAAAGAGAUACUUCCCUAUGUCGGACCAAGGCCGCCGGUGGGGAUUCACCGUUACAUUUUGGUGUUGUUUCAGCAGAAGGCGCCAAUGGGUCUCGUCGAGCAACCGCCGACGAGAGCCCAUUUCAACACUCGCUAUUUCGCAGCGCAGCUUGACCUAGGCCUGCCCGUGUCCACCGUGUAUUUUAAUGCACAGAAGGAGCCGGCCAACCGGAGGCGUUGAGUGUGGCAGCCUGCACUGCGCAGAUGCUGCGGUGGCGGUGUGAAGCUAGCUAAAUUAUAGUAGCAAAUAAAGUAUGUGAGCUAGCCGGCUAGUUAAUUAGUAACUAUCGUGUUUAUUACAGUGUACUUAAAGCCUGUAAUCUUCGUGUAAUGGCUGUGGGUUGAGGGCUAUAAACUUAACCUGCCUGCUCAAUACUCGUAAGGAACAAUCAUGCACCUUUCCUUUGUUUUCUAUAUAAUUUUUCAAGUUUUGAAUGUGAGCUAUAAAUCUUCUAGCUGCUUUGAGGCAUAUAUAACUUGUUACAGAGCACUAAUACAAAGAACAUAAGCACACACAAAUACGCUCACACACAAA